AUACAUUAUAGAUAGUAUUUAGUAAUAUAACUGCUGUGUAGGUUAUACAUUAUAGAUAGUAUUUAGUAAUAUAACUGCUGUGUAGGUUAUACAUUAUAGAUAGUAUUUAGUAAUAUAACAAUGCUGUAACAAUACAGAGCAGGUAUACGUUAAGUGGAUUGAAAUGAUAAGGCAUCUGACUAACCUAUUAUUAUUUCAGUAUAACGUCCUGGUUUUCAGUCAUGAAAAAUGGUCACCCUACUGGAGUCACCAAUCAACGCUUGCGCAUGCGCGACAUCACGUGACAAGGAAGUGGGAGUGUUUACGUUCCGCUUGUGGUGGGAGAAUGUUUCAUGAAUCUAGCGGUCAAAUGUCGACGGAAGAAUGGCGGACUCUGCGCUCGGUGGUCGAGCAGCACAUCGUCCGGCUGCUGGAGGAGCGUCGAGGCCGGGACGUAUCGCAGCUGAAGCGGAUGGUCCUGGAGCGGAUCACCGCUGUCGUGGAGCACAUCUUCACUGAGUACCAGGCUGGUGGAGCAGCCGGAGAGGCUCCGCCCAGUACACCAUCACAUGAUCAGCAUGCUCCAGAAGGCCAUGGUAGUGUCGUGCUGCAGCACUGCCGAGAGUGCAAGAAGCGCAUUGACAAGCAUUCUGAGGAGGCGGAGCCUUUGUGCGACCUGUGCCGGAAUAAGUGUGCCUUCGAUCGACCCCACACGGACCAGAAAGGAGCUAAGCUACAUACGCGUACCCUCCGGGUGGAGAUGGUCCAGACGAGAAUGCAACAGCCGUUGGUGUGCAAAGAGUGCGGCAAGGACUUUCCCAGGAAGAGCUCGCUGGAGCGCCAUGUGAAACUGCACGCUGGCGAUAGGCCGUUCAUCUGCGAGUACUGUGGCAAGACCUUUAUGGAGAAGGCGGUCCUCAAGCGGCACCUGAAGAAUCACACUGGUGGAAGGCCCCGCAUCCAUGCAUGCGACGUGUGCGGUAAGAAGUUCACCAUGAGCCAACAUCUGCACGUGCACAAGAGGAUCCAUACUGGCGAGAAGCCGUACACUUGCCAGGUUUGCGGCAAGAACUUUCGGCAGGUGGGCAACUUGGACUCGCACAUGAAGAUCCACACGGGAGAGAAAGGUUUCAUCUGCAGCCUCUGCGGGAAGAGCUUCCGCCAGAAGAUCUCACUGGAGACGCAUGAGAGGUUCCACAGGAAGGACAAAGUGUACAACUGUCAUGCGUGCACCAAGAGCUUCGUGCAGAAGGUGGACCUGAAGCGACACAUGCUGACGCACUCAGGCGAGAAACCGCACGCCUGCCCCGCAUGCGGCAAGUGCUACCAGGAGAAACGCUCGUUGGACGCGCACAUGAAGGUGCACGCUGCCGCCAAACGCCCGACUGUCACCUGUGAAGGUCACGCAGACUUGCUGCAGCUGUGAGGGAGGACCUCUAGGCACGACAACACAACACAAGCCCCAUGACAUCUGCAGGAAGUGGAAAGACUAAUGUCCUAAAGAUGGACACUUGAAUGCCAUCCAUCCAUUAUCUGUACCUCUUGUCCUCACUAGGGUCACCAGUGUGCUAGAGCCAAUCCCAGCUGUCUUCCGCCAAGAAGACACUUGGCCAAGAAUUCAAAUAUACGUUAGUGCAAGCUGCAAUUACACUUUUUUAGCUGCUACCAUGGACUUUAUUUGACAUGUUAGUAAUGUCACAGUCCGUCUAGUCCCUCAUCAUACAAUCAGACCCCAAACACUCAAUCAAAAUGUUAACACCAGCUGAAAAAUGGCAUGAAUGUACAAUUUGCACUGUUGGAUCUUACUGAGGUUCUAAGUAGAGCUUCAAAAUGCAAAAAGAAGAAAUAAAAAGCAAUUUAUUGCAAAGAAGCAUUGAAGUGAAAUAGGCUGUUGAUCAAACGUUGUAGAGCACAGCCUUCAAAAGGCAAAAUGUUGGUGAAAAUGUGGAUUGAAUGUGAUUUAGUGUCAGGUAUUCACACUGUCAUCAUCUCAAUGGCAAAGGCAAAAAAGCUUUCUCUCUUUGAAGAGAGGUUUUAAGUGGCAGCACUGAGGCUGCUCUUCUGGGGGUUUUUAAUGAUCUUUUCACUACAGAUUCUGGCAGCUCUGCCGCCCUUUUCUCAGCCUUUGAUACAGUGGACCAUGGUAUCCUGUCACAUUUGGACCUACAGUAUAUGUGGGUCUUAAAGGAACUGUUCUCCAGGGGUUUCGGUCCUAUUUAUCUGGAAGGUCAUUUUCUGUCACUAUGGGCAACUUUAAUUCCAAAGUGGCUAGUCUUGAUUGUGGUGUACCUCAAGACUCCAUUUUGGGCCCAGUCUUGUUUGCACUGUACAUGGUCCCCUUGGGGUCAAUUAUUUCUAAAUACAAUGUUACAUUUCAUUGCUUUGCAGAUGAUCUGCAAAUCUAUCUACCUUUGAAAUCAGGUACAGACUCCUUUUCUGCCCGAUUGAACUGUCUUAAGGGUAUUAAGCAGUGGAUGUCUUUCAACUUCCUUAAGCUUAAUGAGAAAAAAACAGAAAUUCUUAUUUUUGGCAAUCCUGCUCUUUUAGAUGGUGUGGACAGUGCACUUGGCCCAUUACCAUCUUACUGAGGACUGCAGAUGGAAAUUAGCUUUGAGCUAAAUCUGGUGCAGACAUCUUUUUAAUGAAACUGCACAUUGUCCUUAAUAAACUAAACUAAACUGUCAACCACAUGUAAGAAACCUUGGUGUGCUUUUAAACUGUGUAAACAACUGAAUGCUGUGGUCCAGGCUUGUGUUUUCCACCUGAGACAGUUGGCGAAGAUAAAACCUUACCUUCCCACUGACGUCUUUGAGCAUGUUCUUCAUUUAUUUAUGACUUGCCGCCUAGACUACUGUAAUUCCUUGUAUGGAUCACUCAUCCAUACAUCGUCUCCAGCUGGUUCAAAACCCCAAUCCUGGCCUCUCUACACUGGUUAUCGUACUUGUUACUUACAGGAUCCAGUUCAAAAUUCUUCUUUUGGUUUUUAAAUGGUUGAAUGGUCUGGCUCCCUCAUACUUAUCUGACUUACUGACCGUUUAUGUUCCUGCCAGAACUAUGAGGUCCAGCUCACAGCUCCUUUUAACCAUUCCCAGAUCUAAUCUUAAAUCUCGGGGUGAUGGCACCUUUUCUGUCGCUGGUCCGAGACUUUGGAAUGGACCGCCCCUAAACAUUAGAUCUGCCCAGUCACUGGAGCGUUUUAAAUCUUUAUUGAAAUCUUAGUUUUAUGGACUGGCUUUCAACACAGAUUAACCUGCGCAUUGUUUUGAUUGUUGUUGGGUGUUUUUUUAAAUCUUGUAUUGUUUUUUUAUUGUGUUUUUUAAAUUGUUUUAUUAGUGUCAUUAAUUUGGUCCAUUGUUUUUACCUCUCGGUUGUACAAUCUAUUGUUAAGUGUGUUGUGUAGUUUUGUGUUUCAUUGGCAGUUGUACAGCACUUUGGAAAUGUGCUAUAUAAAUACAUUUGACCUUGGGAUUGUUGAGCUGCACAAGCAAGGCCUCUCUCUCGCAGCGCGCCAUUGCUGCUGAGGUUAGACGCGGUAAGACAGUCAUUUCAAACUUCUGAAAAACAUCCUGAGGCUCAUGCAACAAAAAAGUCAAGCAGUAGACCCAAAAAAAAGACAAGACACGGGACCAUCCUCGGCCCAUAUGAAUGGUACUACUGGUGCCGAGUGCAGUCCGAUAACCAUCAGACGGCAUCUGCCAGAGAAGAAACAUCUUCAAAGGCCUGGUCUCCUUCAGGGUUUGGAAUUAGCAGGAGAGCAACAAACAUGGGACAUUGAAAGGUGGAAGAACAUUUAAUUCUCCCUUGACGGUCCUGAUGGCUUCCAACGUUACUGGCAUGACAAGGAGAUCCCACCUGAGAUGUUUUCCACCGUCAUGAUCCUUCAAUGGAACAAUGGAGCUUCAGGUUGUGCAGGGGCGUCAAACGGCAGAUGGCUAUGUGGAGAUGUCGCAGGGCGCAUCCUUCAUGGCUGAAGGCCCUCGUCUGUGUGGUAAUAUCUGGAUUUUUCAAUAGGACAACGCUGCACUUCAUACAGUAAAGAGGAAUAAGCACACUCUUUUUGACCAUCCCCUCAUUUAAACCCAGUGGAGAACAUUUGGGGAUGGAUUUACAAAAAUGGACAUGAGUUCCAGAGGAGUGAAGGCAUCUUCAGAAUCUGGAGCAACAUUCCCACUAGCCUCCUGGAAACACUCGCAUCAAGCACGCCCAAACCCAUUUUUCACCUCAUUAGCAAGAAUGGCACAGCUACUCAUUAUUCCUUUUUUUUUUUUUUUUUUUUUUUUUUUUAGCAGGAUUUUGUUUUUUAAUUAUGGUGUUAAACUUUUGAUCAGCUGAUGAACAGCCUAUUUUACUUUAAUGCUUCUUUGCAAUCAAUAAAUUGCUUUUAGUUCCAUUCCCAUUUCUUCUUUUUGCAAUACACCCUUUUGCAGCUGAUAAUUGUUUAUUUCUUUACAGAUGAAAGACAUUGAAAUGAAUGAUGGCAGCCAAACAAAAUUUUGAAGAAAGGAAAUAAUUUUUUUUUUUUUAAGUGUGAAAUCACGCCAAUACGAAGGGAAUUGUUUAGUGCUGUGUGCGAUUCCAUGGCUUCGCCUUGUCAGCAGUGUCUGGACCAGAACGGAUGUCAGUUUGAGAACAGGCGGUGACAAAACAAUAAAAUGAUGUUUGUAAAUUACAUUUUGAAAACUGAACAAAUGAUAAACAUCCAGUUUACAAUUAUUUCAAGUGUAUUAGCUAUUUACAGUUUUUUGGGACACCCUAUAUAUAUAUUUGUAUAUAUAUAUAUAUAUAUAUAUAUAUAUAGAUAUAGAUAUACUGCACACACACAUAUAUAUAUAUAUAUAUAUUAUAUAUAAUAUAUAUAGUAUUAUUAUAUAUUAUAUUAUAUAUUAUAUUAUUAUAUAUAUAUAAUGUAUUAUUUUACAUU